AUGACCUCACCAACUCUGACAGCGAUUCAAACGCAAUUAAAUUUCUAUGCAAAUCCAUCUGUUGCAAUUUUAGGUGGUAUCGGUAAUAUAUUUGUUACUAUAAUUUUCAGUCAACAACAUCGAAAUGCAUGUUCAAUGUAUCUAGUUAUUGCAGCAAUAUUCAACACUUUUUAUUUAGCAUUUAAUCGUGUCUUACAAUACUUUCCGUUUUACUAUUUGGAUGGAACAGUACGAGCAUUUUUUUUAUGUAAACUUCGUUCGUAUCUUCCAACUGUUCUUGGACAAGUGGCUAAGACAAUGAUUGUUUUUGCAUGUAUUGAUCGAUAUAUGAUUACAAGUAAUCGUGCUACUUUUCGAGCAUUUAGUACUACUAAACGUGCAAAAUAUCUCAUAGUUUUUUCAAUUAUUUUUUGGCCAUUAGUUUCCUGUCACAUUGCAACAGAGACAACAAUUAUCCGUGGAAUAUGCGGUACAUUUGGUGUUUAUGCAACAAUUUUCAGCAUUUUUACCAUUAUAGUUAUUGGCUCAAUUCCACCUAUUACGAUGAGUAUAUGUGGUUAUUUAACAUAUCGUAACAUGAGACACAUACGUGUUCGUAUUCAACCAGCUGUAAACAAUACAAACGAAGGGAAUGUUAACAUUCGACAACGAGAUCGAGAUUUAUUAGUGAUUGUUAUUUAUGAAAUAUUUAUUUAUGUUUUGACAGCAUCUUUAUAUCCAAUAGUUCUUGUAGAAACAAUAAUUACUAAUAAUACAAUGUCAAGUAAAACUGCUCAACAUUUACAAAUUGAAAGUUUUCUACUUUUUAUGGCAUAUCUAUUAUUAUCUGUGAAUAGUGCUGCAGCUUGUUAUAUUUACCUUAUUUUAUCAAAAUCAUUUCGUCGAGAUUUUAAACAGUUAUUCAUCUAUACCUAUCGAAAAUUAACAAGAGGAGCAGAAGUUGUAACUCAUCACGGACCAACUAGAACAGUAAAAAUAAGAAACACUCAAGUUUAA